CGCUGCACUUCUUUCCAUUUCUCUUCCCCCCGCUGGCCGGCAGUAUAAAUAGCCUGUCCGCUCGCUUUCGCCGUCCUUCUCUUCCCCAACUCUUUCUACAACCAGCAUGAGCGGCGGCGAUACCAGCACGUGUUGGUGAUUAUCCUUCAAACAGCAGCAGGCUCCCACCCACCAUGAGUUUCCUGGACAGUGUCCUUUCAUCCAUCGGCGGCGGCCAGCCGUCGCAACCGCGCCCUUCUGCCCCUUCUCAAGCCCCCGCCACAAAGCCGACCCAGAGUCCACGUGUCGGCGGCUCGAGCAACGGUGUGGGCCCCACCUCGCAGGCGCCCAAGCGCAAAGCCGAAGGCGAGCAAGACUCACUGCGGGCCAAGACCGUACGCAGAGAACUAGAUGCAGCCGCUGUCCGAUCCAACCCGGCCCCUAAGCCUGGCCCGGCUUCUCCGCUCGUGAAGCAGGCGACCGCCUCCAGCGCUAGCUCAAUCCCCUAUCGUGGUACCGCUCAGUCAUCGACCACCACGAACCCGGCACGCAAACCCGCCACCGUGGCUACAACGAUAGCCAAGUCAGGCACCCCCACCACCACCACGUCGAAGCUCGCCGCCAAGCCCACGGUGAAGCCUUCAGUCGCCCCGGUUGCCAAGACGCCCACUGCACCCCAGCCUAAGAAGGGCUCGUUUGCAGAGAUCAUGGCCCGCGCAAAGGCGGCACAAACCCAGCAACCGGUCGGCACCAUCAAACACAAACCAGUGGAAAAGAAAUUGUCCAAAAAGGAGAAGCUGGCACAGGAGGCGGACGCGAAGACCAAGCAGGCUGUCCCUCGGAACGGAAAGCCUGGAGUUGCACCAAUCGGACAGAAGGGCCAAUCCAAGGCUGCGGAGCCACCAGGUUCCAAGCCUGGUGUGCCUGCUAAGGAGAAGAGGAAGCCUGUCGAUCUUGGAUAUUCGGGAACGAUGCGCCCCUCCGCGAAAGAGCCGACUUAUCAAGGUACGAUGAAGAGCGGCGGUUCACGCAAGCCUGGCCAAGACAGAGCCAGCAGCUACGACCGGAGCCGGAGUACCUCACUUUCCGCAAGACCUCCGCCAUCUCGCUACCGGUAUGCCGAGGACGAAGAGGACGACGAAGAAGAGGACUACGAGUCAGAGUCAGAUAUGGAAGCUGGCAUGUUCGACGUGGACCGAGAAGAAAUGGAAAGUCUACGUGUUGCACGAAGGGAAGAUGAGUUAGCCUUGAAGGAGGAAGAAGAGCAUAGGCGGAGGAAGUUACUCGCAAAGAAGAGGUACUAGCGGCUCGAGCUUUGGAUGGAUGGGCUCUCAUUGGCAGGCACAGGCGCAACUCGGCCGGCUUUCGGACUAUGCUUUAGAGCAUUGCAUUGGGAUCAGUAGACUUUAUUGCGGUUAUAGCGUGGCGUUUCGACUAGUCUUACGGCACGAUUCACGAAGGACACCCAUAGGUAGUUAUUUGUAGAGAGGAGUAAUUACAGCGCUCAUGGAGCGGUUACCGAUCUCCACCCU